GCAGAUCGCUCUCUCUGGCCUGGGGCGGGAUGUUCAAACGCUUGUAACGGCCGCUACGAUCACCUUAGCGCUAAAUUUGUCGUAACCCGCGCGUAACUCGCCUAAGGUGUAUGUUGGAAAGAUCUUGGAGUCGUCGCUACGAUUUUCGGACUGCCAUAUUUGCUCGUAGCGCUGUCUCGAAGAGCACCCUUACAGUGAUCGUAGGGUGGUUUGUUUACCUCCCGUGGAAUUCUGUACCCACAUUGCCUUGUCAGAGAUGGAGUUACAAGUUGUAUUGCAACAUGAUGUUGCAGUAAACAGGGCCUGGAGACGUGAAAGAAGAUUUAGAGACCGAACAGAUCCAUUUGCUUUUAGGGAUGAACACUUGCUGAGAUAUUAGACUCCCGAGACAGGAGCUUCUUCAUUGGUGCCAGAAGCUAGAACCAAAAGUUGGCCGAGCAACAAGAAAAUCCCAUGCAGUGCCAUGUCAUUUACAGGUGUUGAUGACAUUUAGGUUUUAUGCCAGUGGGUCAUUCCAAAGUGUGUUGGCAGACACAUGGAUUAACACAAGGAUGUGUCAGCAGAGUCAUCAACAGAGUGACAGAUGUGCUGUAUACGGCGUCACUUAGAGAAACACGGAUGCCAAGAGGACUAGAGGAAGCCAGGGUAACAAAGAGGAAAUUAUAUGGAAUUGCCAAUUUUCCAAAUGUGAUUGGCAUCAUCGAUGGAACACACAUCCCGAUUGCUGCCCCACCAGUUGAUGAAGAACUCUACAUUAAUAGAAAGAAUUUCCAUUCACUGAACAUACAAGUUGUGUGUAAUGCAGACUACAUUUUUCAAGACUAUUGCUGCCGUUUCCCUGGAAGCACACGAUUCAUUUGUAUGGGAGAACAGCAUCCUCAACAGGAGAUUCCAGCGGGGUGAAUUUGGAGAUGCCUUUCUUCUUGGUAUGUUUUGAAGUGUGCAUUCUGUAUGUACUGUACUAUACGUACCACUUCAUAAACUAGUCUGUCAUUAUGUGCAUGCAAGUGAUUUUUUAUUUUCUUCAUUUAGUAUUUUUUUUCAUGUAAUGAUCAGCAUCUGUGGUGUAAUGUUUAGCACAUUUUCAUACCAUUAGUAUCAUCAUAUUCACUUUGCUCAGCCCAGGCAGGAAAACUCCUACCCACUCUUCCACUCCUGGAUGAAGUAGUAGUCAACCCUGAUGACAUAGAU